AUGCUGAACGGGGUGCUUCCGCAAUCGCUGUGGGCGCUGAUAUAUUCUCUCGCACUUUCUGCACCAUUCGCCCGUGCACAAAACAAUACUCGUUUGACUCUGGGAACACCAUUAGCGGUAUCAGGGUCCGUGUUAUCCUCCGCCAACCCUCAGCUCUUCGUUCUGCCCAGCACACGGCAGCUCUCUGUUUCCGUGGCAUCAUGCACCAAUUCAUCAAACGUGCCAAGAUUUUUCGUGACGAAUUCCAGCGACGUCGGUGUCCCAGGGCCAGAUAGUGGCCAGGAUGUAUGGGAAUUGAUUUUGGGGGAAGAAGGGUUUGGCAACUUGACGAUAGGCGGUGAUACUGGAGGAAAGAUGGCCAUUUGGGGAGGAAGCAGGGAUGAUGCGAUAGAGAUAGGCGUGUCAGACGACGGACCUCUACACGCACAUCUGUCCACCCUCCCAUUUCUUGGGGAUACCACAUCAAACCAAGCGUUGAUUUACUCCCCUCCCUUCUCAGGGUCCCGCUUCUCUGAUCCGAGUUACCCGAAUUAUACUCUUCCGACGGCGAACUUAUCAUUCCCUACCGCGCCCUCGUCCUCGCCCAACUUCACCUUGGUACUCGCAAAUACGCUGUCUUCAAUAGCUACGCUUCCGAAGACGGCAUGUGCUUUGCGAUCGGCACAAAAAAUUGGUGCUACUGAAGAAGAACAGCCUUGGCUGCGGGAUUCCGAUGGUUGGCGAACGGAAUGGCUAGUCGGCCGCCUGACACCAUCAACAAACUACACUGCCUACACAAUCCAGGAUCAUACAAAAGUCAACGGACCGAUCUACUUCACCACCAAAUCAGGAUCGUUUUCGUGCCCUUUGGUCCACUCUCUACCAUAUUGUCCUUCAGUUUCCUUCGCUGCUCCACUUCCUGCGCCCGCGUUUCCGAACGUUGCACACGACUCAACAACGUUACCUAGCGGCUUGACCGAUCCCCUUCUCUCAUACCUGACCAACUUCACGACAAGUCUCUUAACCUUUGCGUGUGGGCGUGACCUUUAUUCCCCUUUGCAAUCCUGUGCAGACUGCCAACGCGCGUAUCGAAAAUGGCUCUGUACGAUCUCGUUCCCACGGUGUGCCGAAUUCGCAACUACCACGACCACUACCGGUAAUGCACAGCAAGUAUUUCCAGCUCUCAUUCCUCAACCGUCUGGGACGACUCCGAGGAAUCCGAAUCUGGCAAACGCCAGCUACUCGUAUGUACAGCUCCUGCCUUGCAUCGAGACUUGCACUGCGACGGACCGCGCAUGCCCAAACUUCCUUGGGUUCAAAUGUCCGGUUGUGGCUUUCAACGCGAAUAGCAGUUAUGGCGUGGGAUACAUCGACAACGGAAAGCCCGGCAUCGAAGGUGAUGGAUUCACGGGUACGGCGCAGGAUCGGUGGGGGAAUAUCUAUUGUAAUGGCAGCUGA